CCCAAACGCAUGCAUCCUUGAUUUGAUUUUGCCGCCGGCUAUCCCGUCCUACGCCGCCGGCCUCCGGCUAGCAUAUGUGGACGGGCUCCCCGUACUCCUUGGCCGUCCUCGAGCGCCUCCUCCAGAAGCACUUCUCCGCCCCUCGCCGGCUCCUCCAGGUCCAUGCCCUCCUCCUCACCUCCGGCGCGCUCUCCACCUCCCACGCCGCCGCCACCUUCCCCUACAACUGCCUCAUCCAUGCCCACCUCCGCCUCCCCGCUUCCACCAUCACCCCGCUAUGCGCCCCCCUCCGCCUUUUCUCGGCCAUGCUCGCCGCCGGGGCGCGCCCCAACGGCCACACGUUCCCUUCCCUCGUCCGGUCCGCCUCCGCCUCCGGACCAGCCACCAGGGCCCUCCACGCGCAGUGCCUCCGCCGCGGGCUUACGGCCGAUCGCUUCGUUGCAUGCUCGCUGGUCAGCUCCUAUGGCCGAGCUGGCCGUCUCGGGUGUGACGCAUCUAAGGUGUUUGACGAAAUGGCCAGUCCGGAUCUGGCCUCCUCUAAUGCCAUGCUUGAUGUGCUGUACCUCGCCGGGGACGUGGCUGCGGCUAGAGAAUUCUUUGAGCGGAUGGUGGUGAGGGAUGUGGUGUCAUGGACGACGCUCAUCUCUGGGUUAUCCAGGAAUGGGUGCCACUGGGAUGCUGUUGAUGCCUUCAGGAGAUUUUUGCUGGACAACAUCGGGCGGCUCGGGGAGGCCACAUUGGUCAGCGUGCUCUCGGCUUGUGCAAACUUGGACGGUGCCGGGGGGCUUGUGUUCGGGACGGCUGUUCAUGCGUAUGUUUUUCGGCAUGAGGUUGACUCUACAGCAUUCUUGGGAACGGCGUUGAUCGACAUGUAUGGGAAGUAUGGGAAGCUUGACUGUUGCAGGAGAGCCUUUCAGAUUGUAUGCGAGAAGCAGGUCUGUACGUGGAAUGCACUGCUGUCUGCACUGGCUAAUCAUGGAAAAGAGACUGAAGCACUGGUUAAGUUUAACAUGAUGAUAGUUGGAGGGUUCUUGCCGAAUCAGAUCACAUUUCUUGCUCUACUGACAGGCUGUGCUCGAGCAGGAUUGGUGGAGAUUGGGUUAUACUGGUUUGAGACGAUGGUGACUGAAUACAAGGUGACUCCAGUGAUGGCCCAUUAUGGAUGUGUUGUGGACCUGUUAAGCCGUGCUGGCCGUUUUACGGAGGCCAUUGAGAGGUUAGAGCGGAUGCCCUUUCUGCCUGAUGCUUCUGUGUGGGGCGCGCUUCUUGGUGCUUGCAAGCUCCAUGGAAAUGCAGAGCUUGUUGCUGAGAUUGGGCGGAAACUGGUGGCUCUUGGUCCUCAGCAAUCCGAUUGGUAUGUGACUAUUAGGAAUAUUUAUCUAGAACAUGGGAAUUGGUAUGCUGCAACGAGAAUGGGUGAGGUGAUGCAUGAGGCUGGGAUCAAGAAGACAGCGGGGCAAAGUAGUGUUGUGUUUCACAGCUCUGCCAUUCCUUGACUAGAGUUUGUUUGUUGCAAAUAUUGCUCUUCUGGGACUACUGUUUGUUUCUCAUGACUUGUACCUUUGGGAAAAUACUAAACCACAUCAUGUUCAAGCUUAUAACAUUUAUUUGACAUAAAUGAAGAAUCAGAUUUUUAUUCACUGAA